CCUCGCUUCCUGUGCUUCCCACCAUUUUUUUUCUAGAUUUUUCCAUUUCUAAUGGACAGUUCUAAACACAACCACCACACCUUCGACUCAUUCCAGAUUGUUGGCAACCGAUCCUUCCAGCGUCUUCCUUUUCAUCCGCUGUCUUCUACACCGAGUCAAAGUCAUCAACGGCUUCGACGUUUUCGGUUUUUGUUUUGCUCCACUCGGUCGGCCGGAUAGGUGUAGAUUAUCACCAUCACUACAUUGGAACCACCGAUUCAGGGCGAAUAUUAGUCGUGAGUAUUUUGUCGGAGGCCAGAUCGGUGUUUCCUGUGAUGAGGUAUUCCACGCUUCUCUCUGACCCUGCUUCUUCCGGCCCGACCCACCGAUUCAUCCAUCUUCAACAUCAAACGAACCCGGUCAAGACCACCGAAUGAAUAAUCCGUCAUCUUCGUUUCGUUUUGCUAUUAGGGUUAAUCAAUUUUGGCAUUUUUAAUGCAACACACACAUAAAUUAUGCAAGGAUUGAUCGAGGGAGCAGCUCUAGCUUCGGAAAAUAAGUUAUAGAGUUAUUGUUCUUCAUUUCCAUCAGUUUCAGGUUGUAUGCAGUGUAUGAAGCUUUCGGCUACCAACAAAGUCCGUGCUAAGAGCAAGUUGUGGUACUUCCUCAGGAAACUAAAGAAGGUGAAGAAGAGUAAUGGUCAGAUGCUUGCUCUUAAUGAGAUUUUUGAGAAAAACCCAUCGACUAUUAGAAACUAUGGUAUCUGGUUGAGGUAUCAAUCUACAACCGGAUACCAUAACAAGUACAAAGAUUACAGGGGCACAACCCUUAAUGGGGGAGUUGAGCAGAUGUACACUGAGAUGGCUUCUUGCUACAGGGUGCAUCAGGAGAUAGACAUAUUGGCCAUUGCAACUAUGGAACCAAUAUGUGUCUUUUUCCUAACUUUCGUCUUUGCACUCUUCUUUGCAGUCCUACACUUAUCUCGGACAAUGACGACGGGUUAUAGACAGCUGAUGAAACUUCAGCCUAGAUGCAUAUAUGAAUGUAGAGGGUGUCCUAAAAGGAAGUAUAGACCCUACAAUUUCAAAGUAUAGAAUUAAAGAGAUGCUUUAGAAAAUGGAAUAAAAUUUUAAAUCGUCUUCUAAGAAGAAACUACAUGCUAGGGAAACGAAAAAGCAUAUUUUUUUUUCUUCUUUUUAACUCGUCUUUUGAAUACCACUGUAUGUCUUUAAUCACUUUUGAAUUACAAUAUUGGCCUUGCAGGAAAGUGACCGGGAAGAAAUGUAAGCAGGA